AUGCUCAAUAUCGCUGUUAUUGAUCUUAUAGCAUGCGGUUCUUCAGUGCUUGUCUACCAGAGGAUAUAUGAAACUGAUUCGGCUUAUAUGUUUAUUUCAUAUGGACCAUGUUGUGUGCUAGGAUCAACAUUCUGCAGCACAGCAGCCUACGUCUGGCUGCAUGGUUACACACACAGCAUUUAUGGUCUACUGCUUUCAUUUUCUUAUCGGUACUAUAUACUACUGAAGCCGCCACCACGAGUUCGUACGAUUGUCGCUAUUAUUCUGCUUAGCUAUAUACCAUCCCUCGUCCAGCUCAUCGCAACACUAUCCGCUGGGGAUAAUGGGUACGCCGUUCAAGAAAAGUUGAGUCUACUAAUCGGUCGUAACGUAUUCGAUAAAUGUGCCAGCGGCUUUUUGAAUUUGCAUGAUUGGAGAUAUCUGCUUUUCGUGCUGCACUUAAUCCUUUCUGUAGUUCCUAUCUACACCGCCAUUUUGAUAAUUAGAAGAAAAAUUGUUACGACACUCCGAAAAGCAGCAACGUAUUCAGAGAGAACUAAACGCAUGCACUCUCAACUCGUCAAGGCAAUCACCUAUCAGACGUGCCUACCACUAUGCUCCAUUCUUAGCUUGGUGCUUUAUUUGCUCGGUGGUUUAAUAACAUCAAACUAUCCGAUGUCUCACUAUGCUUACAUGCUCAUAGGGCUCGUUCCGAUUACAAGCCCAUUGCUAACUCUUUAUUUUGUCAAACCAUACAAGGAUUGGGUAGUAUCAGUGUUCUCUAGCAAAAACAUCUCAACAUUAAUCAUUGAGCAAUCAAACGAGAACAGACGUUUCUAG